AUGUUUGCCUGUAGCUGCAAAAACAACUGUAACAUAAUUGUCUACAACUGGCCCGUUGGUGCGGUGCGAUUCUUCUUACAAUACAAGAAUUCCCAUGCCUCUCUGCAUUUCCUUGUAGUUGUUGAGGUUAUAAAGGAACAUGACGCGGCUGCCAAUGACUCGUCUGUACCAAUCUUUAAACAGCGGUCACAAAAUAACAGACCAGGGCGUCAAACAUAA